UCACCAGUACUGGUCUAGAAGACAACGCGUUCGGUUCACGGUUGUUCAACAUAAUCAUUUUUUUUUUCUUACAUCGGAUAUUAUUAAUAUUUUUCAAUAAGUGCGAGUGUUUAAAAAAAAUUUUAUUAUUCGUUCGAUCAGUGAAUUUGUGCUCUGACUAUACUUAGUAAUAAACUAAUAAUAAUACAAUGGUGACUUCGCGCAUAUCAUUAGAAGGGCUUUUGCAAAACAGACUGACUACGGACAUUUGCAAGGACACGUUAAGGAUGCAAGGAAACGCAACGGAUUUGUUUCAUUUAUAUGCGGGUAAACACCUCGCGGACGACACGUCGUCGUCGUCGUGUGGCGCGGAGAUGAUGACCACCGUGACAAUCAAGCGGGAAGCGCACACGCCCACCACUGACCAGAGCGAAGACUCCGGCGUGGACGUGUCGGCUGUGGCUGAUGGCCACGUCGGUCGCGGGCCGUUCAAACGAAAACGGUCGGACGACUCCGACUUUGGAGACGGUUGUCCGACCGCAGCCAAGUCCAGCAGGACGGCUGAUGCUGCCGCGGUCGCGGCCAGUGUACUGCGGUCGAUCAACAUGGAAGCGUGCACUCCGUUCAGGCCGUGGAGCUGCAACGACGAAUCGUCGUCGGACGUGGGCCUCCGGCUGUUCCAUGACAUACGUAAUGUGGACAGGAUACGGACGCUGACGCAGCAACGCCGCAGCGAACAGUCGCCGUUGCCACCACCGCCGCCGCCGCCAGAACCGCAACCCUUGGACCUGACCAAAAGCCAUCGGACCGCGGCGGGACCAGCCAACGCCGCAGAGUUGGACGCGAUCACGGCCGACGAUGCCGAGAGCUCCGCCGAAUACGCCACACCGUCAUCGGGUGCGGCGUCGUUCCCAUGUGCAGUCACGGAAACAGCCUCGGCCGCCGGAGCGUCGACCACCACGGCCACGACCAGGUACAGCAAAAACAUGUCCCGGGCCCGGAGGAUCGAGGCGAACGCCCGCGAAAGAUCUCGGGUGCACACCAUCAGCGCAGCAUUCGACACGCUCAGGGCCACCAUACCGUCGUACUCCCGGAAUCAGAAACUGUCCAAACUGUCGACGAUCCGGAUCGCCAGCGCUUACAUACUGACGUUGUCCCGACUGCUGGACAUGGACUACAGCGCUGAGCACGACAGCCCGUCCGUGGCCGAGUGCGUGGACAACAUCACGGGUAUCAUACACAUGGARGGUAAGGCGAGAAAAAGGAAAGACGAUCAGUGAUGAUGAUGAUGAUGACCAAAUCGACGUUAACGUGAUACCGCAGAAUCGUGAAUAAUAUGUUUUUCCAUAUUGUAUAUCAUUACAAAAUAUAAUAAAUAAAAAUAUUAUAUUUUUUAUUCGCGGAAGACGAUUAUAUUAUGAAAUGACAAUGUUUACGACGAGAAAGACGUAUAUCACAAUAUCUGCGGAUCAAAUCGACUGAUCUAGAAAACUGCAGAGAGAGAGAGAGAGAGGGAGAGAGAGAGAGAGAAAGUAAACGUAUUGAAUAUUAAUGUAUAUACAUAAUAUAUUGAUUUUCGUCGUACAAGUAAUAUACUCGAAGUUCGGAAAUAAUUAUUCCAAGCAGUGAUGAUAGAAUCACCCUCCUCAUCACUGGACACGGCGAACGUCACUUCRGUGCGCACCUUUUUCACCCUCGCGAAGAUCACAAAAGCCAGACGCUCGUGAUCCACAUGUUAAAACACAUGGCCAUCACACUUGUCGCGUAAAUAAUAUAAGGUUGUAAUAAAUAUUAUAUUAAUAAAAUAUUAUAUUGUUAUUGCUACGACGAGUGCGCUGGGCUUGCGUUUGUACACCUAUAUAUAGUAUGCACGUCGACGGUUGACCUAUAAAAAUAAAACUCAUGCAAUAAUAAUAUAAUAUAUUAUACAUGAUGCAUAUUAUUUCGCGUUGUUAUAAAGCACAAUAGCGUACUGCACGCACACGGAAACACGACAUUUUGUAUAAGUCAAAAUAAACGUUGUGAUGUACGUAUGCAUAUUUUAUUAUAUUAUUAUAGUGGCAUAAAAUAAUAAAAAUUAUUGUAAUAAUAUUAUACAUAUUAUA